AUGUGUGAUUCGAAUAAGCAACUUUUCUCAUCUGAUAAAAGAAUAAUCCUAAAUGUUGGCGGUAUCAGAUACGAAACGUAUAGAUCAACUCUCCUAGCAUAUCCUCAAACAUUUCUCGGCACAAUGUUUCAACCGCGUAAUGACUCUUUACUUCAACCUUCCAACCUCCAUAAUCAUAAUAAUGAAUAUUUUUUCGAUAGAAAUGGCUACGCGUUUCGUUACAUCCUAGAAUUUUAUCGUACUGGUAGAAUUCUUUGGCCAAAAGCUAAUAAUUUUCGUAAUCAUAUUUCCAAAAAUUCUUUAAAAUCUUCUAUCACAUCUUUAGAUCAUGAUUAUUCAACUAAUCAAUCUACUAUCCCCACUACUACUGAUUCUUUGGCAAAAAUAAUGCCAGUAUCAUUACAUGAACUUCAACGUGAACUUGAAUUCUUUCAAAUUCCUUCUUCUUUAUCAAAUUCUUCUCCUGCUUUAAAUUCUUCAAUUUCAUAUAAUAUAGCUGCUCAAAUUCUUGAUGAUUUUAUUUAUAUUAUAGAAUCUUUAAUUUGUGAAUCAAUAGAAUUAUUUUCACAAAAAAUUACAAUUAAAUUUUAUGAUGAUUCCAGACCUGUAGAA